UAUUUCCAUAUGUCAAGUUAAAAUUCAGAAACAGCAGAAAUUGGUGGAUGCAAGUGGUUCUUGUGUUGAAGGAGAAAAUUUCAUCAUAUAAACUGUUUAUAGCAGUUAUUCUUUUAAAUACUUUCACCAAAGAUUCGUUAUUCCAAUGGAAACUUAUGAAAGUGUACUUUUAGUAAAACCUGAGGUAUUCGUUUUUAAUAUUCCCCCAAGAAAUUCUGCCAGGGGUUACAGAGCUGCUGACUGGAAUCUCNUGGUGGCUAAGGGAAACAAUUUAGAAAUGAAGUUGGAAGACAAGAAUUCUGGAGAAUUGUUUGCUAAAUGUCCCAUUGAGACUUACCCAGGAGUUGCAAUUGAAGCAGUUUCUGAUUCAUCAAGAUAUUUUGUUAUUAGAGUUCAGGAUGAUAAUGGACGUAAUGCUUUCAUUGGAAUUGGUUUUGGAGACAGAUCAGAUUCUUUUGAUUUAAAUGUGGCUUUGCAAGACCAUUUCAAAUGGGUCAAAAAGGAGCAACAAAUAAGUGAAGAGCCUUCUGCUCCUAAACUGGACUUGCAGUUUAAAGAAGGAGAAACCAUUAAAAUAAACAUGAAAAUCACAAAAAAGGAUGGUUCUGAGUCAAAGUCAAAGCUAAAGAGUGGGAAUGGCUUAGGUCUGUUACCUCCUCCACCAGGUGGUAACAAAAUUCCUGGCCCUCCAGGUACUUCACCCCAGCACAUGCAAAAGGCAGAAGCGAGUGGAGACAACUGGGGGGACUUCACAUCUGCACAGCCAAGUUCUCAGACAUCUCAGCCACCAACAAACACAAAUUGGGUGCAGUUUUAACAAUAUCAACUGUACAGUGUAAACAUUUAUAUGCAUUUAUCAAUCAUAAUUGUUGCAGUUGUUAUAGCAUUUUGUUUUUAAUAGAAUUGGUGGUAAAAAAGUUUGAGCAGUAGUUUUCAGUGUAGUAAGAAACGAAGUGGACAAUUUUACGAUUAGAUUAGUUUCAAUAAAUGCAGAGAUACUUAAGUAUAGAUUAAGCUUUAAGAGUUAAAUAUGAAUUUUAUAUUAUUUAUCGUAAAAAUGGUGGUAAUGUUGUAAAUCUUGAAUUAUUUAAGACUAUUUUCUUAAUGCAGUAAUAUCUGUGAAUUGCGAUAGUGUGAACGAUGUAAUAAUUACUGACUGUGAAAUAUUAUUGUAGAUUUUGUUGGUAAGUUGGUUCUCUUUAAUUAAUUAAUCAUAGUUUUAUCAAGAAGGGUGCAUAAUAAGAAAAAUUACUAUUAA